GAUCGCGUGGUCUGCUCGGCUCGCCGCGCCUCUCCCCCGUCCGUCCAUAUUGCUGCAGCCCCCGAGCCGGGAAGCCCGGGCCGCCCCGGGGGCGGGGGGGGAGGGAGGGACGGGACUAGAAGCCUGCCGGGCUCGGGGUGGGGGCGUCUUGCGAGGAACGGGCGGGGGGGGACGCACGCCAAGGAGGCCUGGACCGCAGAGUGGGGGGCCUUCCUCCCCCCCCGCCCCGCUGGUGGGCCUCGGAUUUACGGCGUCUGCAUCUAACUGGGAGGGGGCCGCACCUCGCGUGAACCCCGACCCUUCUCCGCAGGGACUGGGGCCCGGCGCCCCGGAGGAAGGCGUCGCGGGCGCCCUGCUAGCCAAGUUCGAGGCGGGGGAGGCAGCUUCGGGCGCGCCCGGCUUCUCCGGGGGGGCGGGCGCGCAGAUGGCCACUCAGGUGGAGCCGCUCCUGCCUGGGGGCGCCCCGCUCUUGCAGGCCGAAGAGCACGGGGGGCUGGUGAGGAAGAAGCCGCCGCCGGCGCCCGAGGGCAAGGGCGAGCCCGGGGCGAACGACGUCCGCGGGGGGGAGCCGGACAGCGGCGCUCGGAGACCCCGGCCGCCCUGCGCCAAGCCGCUCAAGGAGGGCACCGGGCAGCAGGAGCGCGAGAGCCCGCGGCCGCUGCAGCUGCCCGGCGCCGAAGGCCCGGCCGUCAGCGACGGGGAGGAGGGCGGCGGCGAGCUAGGCGCUGGCGGAGGAGCUGCCGGAGCCGCGGGCGCGGGGCGCCGGGACUUCGUGGAAGCCCCCCCGCCCAAGGUGAACCCGUGGACUAAGAACGCAUUGCAGCCAGUCCUGACCACCGUGAACGGACAGUCCCCCCCAGAACACUCUGCUCCAGCCAAAGUGGUGAGGGCAGCUGUUCCUAAACAGCGCAAAGGCAGCAAGGUUGGUGACUUUGGAGAUGCAAUCAACUGGCCCACACCUGGAGAGAUAGCCCACAAGAGUGUUCAGCCACAGUCCCACAAGCCUCAGCCUGCCCGUAAACUGCCACCCAAGAAGGACAUGAAGGAACAGGAGAAAGGAGAAGGGAGUGAUAGUAAGGAGAGUCCAAAAACCAAAUCGGACGAAUCAGGGGAGGAAAAGAAUGGAGAUGAGGAUUGCCAGCGAGGCGGACAGAAGAAGAAAGGAAACAAACACAAGUGGGUUCCGUUACAAAUAGACAUGAAGCCUGAAGCACCCAGAGAGAAACUAGCUUCACGCCCCACUCGCCCGCCGGAACCUAGACACAUACCUGCCAGUCGUGGAGAUAUCAAAGGGUCUGAGUCUGCCACCUACGUGCCUGUGGCGCCCCCCACCCCAGCCUGGCAACCAGAGAUCAAACCGGAGCCUGCCUGGCACGACCAGGAUGAGACAUCGACCCAUUUUGACUACCAGUUUGGCUACCGAAAGUUUGAUGGUGUGGAGGGGCCUCGUACACCCAAGUACAUGAACAACAUCACCUACUACUUUGACAAUGUCAGCAGCACUGAGCUUUACAGCGUGGAUCAGGAACUGCUCAAAGACUACAUCAAGCGCCAGAUUGAAUACUACUUCAGCGUGGACAAUUUAGAGCGAGACUUCUUCCUGCGAAGGAAAAUGGAUGCUGAUGGUUUCCUACCCAUCACCCUUAUUGCUUCCUUCCACCGAGUGCAGGCCCUUACCACUGACAUUUCACUCAUCUUUGCGGCCCUAAAAGACAGCAAGGUGGUGGAGAUCGUUGAUGAGAAAGUUCGUAGGAGGGAAGAACCAGAAAAGUGGCCUCUUCCUGGUCCCCCAAUAGUGGAUUAUUCACAGACUGAUUUCUCCCAGCUUCUCAACUGCCCUGAAUUUGUCCCCCGUCAGCACUACCAAAAGGAGACAGAGUCAGCACCUGGCUCUCCUCGUGCAGUCACCCCAGUGCCAACCAAAACAGAGGAGGUCAGCAACCUAAAGACACUACCCAAGGGCUUGUCUGCCAGCCUGCCUGACCUGGAUUCCGAGAACUGGAUUGAAGUGAAGAAGAGGCCUCGGCCGUCCCCAGCACGGCCCAAGAAGUCAGAGGAGCCCAGAUUUGCCCACCUGACCUCUCUGCCUCAGCAGCUGCCCUCCCAGCAGCUGAUGUCCAAGGAUCAGGAUGAGCAAGAGGAACUGGAUUUUCUGUUUGACGAGGAGAUGGAGCAGAUGGAUGGGCGGAAGAACACCUUCACCGCCUGGUCUGAUGAGGAAUCUGACUAUGAGAUUGAUGACAGGGAUGUCAACAAGAUCCUCAUUGUCACCCAGACACCACAUUACAUGCGCCGGCACCCAGGGGGGGACCGCACAGGCAAUCACACCUCGCGUGCCAAGAUGAGUGCCGAGCUGGCCAAGGUCAUUAAUGAUGGCCUCUUCUACUAUGAGCAGGACCUGUGGGCUGAGAAGUUUGAACCUGAGUAUUCCCAGAUCAAGCAAGAGGUCGAGAACUUCAAAAAAGUCAAUAUGAUCAGCCGGGAGCAGUUUGACACACUGACCCCUGAGCCCCCUGUGGAUCCCAACCAGGAAGUUCCUCCUGGGCCACCUCGGUUCCAGCAAGUUCCCACGGAUGCCCUGGCCAACAAGUUGUUUGGUGCUCCUGAGCCCUCCACCAUCGCCCGCUCUCUACCAACCACUGUCCCAGAGUCACCAAACUACCGCAACACCAGGACCCCCCGUACUCCCCGGACACCACAGCUCAAAGACUCAAGCCAGACAUCACGGUUUUACCCAGUAGUGAAAGAAGGACGGACACUGGAUGCCAAGAUGCCUCGAAAAAGAAAGACAAGACACAGUUCAAACCCACCCUUGGAGAGCCAUGUGGGCUGGGUGAUGGAUUCCCGUGAGCACAGGCCCCGUACUGCUUCCAUCAGCUCCAGCCCCUCAGAAGGGACGCCUACAGUUGGCAGCUAUGGCUGUACCCCUCAGUCAUUGCCCAAGUUCCAACAUCCUUCCCAUGAACUGCUCAAGGAAAAUGGCUUCACACAACAUGUCUACCAUAAGUAUCGUAGGCGCUGCCUUAAUGAGCGGAAACGCUUGGGCAUUGGCCAGUCUCAGGAGAUGAACACACUCUUCCGCUUCUGGUCCUUCUUCCUCCGAGAUCACUUCAACAAAAAGAUGUAUGAGGAGUUCAAGCAGCUGGCUCUGGAGGACGCCAAAGAAGGCUACAGAUAUGGUUUGGAGUGCCUUUUUCGAUACUACAGUUAUGGCCUGGAAAAGAAGUUCCGGCUGGACAUAUUCAAGGAUUUUCAGGAGGAAACAGUGAAGGACUAUGAAGCUGGCCAACUGUAUGGGCUGGAGAAGUUCUGGGCCUUCUUAAAAUAUUCCAAAGCCAAAAAUUUGGACAUUGACCCCAAACUGCAAGAAUACCUCGGCAAAUUCCGACGUCUUGAAGACUUCCGAGUAGAUCCCCCCAUGGGUGAGGAGGGCAACCACAAGCGACACUCAGUGGUAGCAGGAGGUGGCGGCGGUGAGGGCAGGAAGCGGUGCCCUUCCCAGUCUUCCAGCAGGUCUGCUGCCAUGAUCAGCCAACCCCCUACACCACCCACCGGCCAGCCCGUCCGGGAAGAUGCCAAAUGGACAAGCCAGCACUCGAACACACAGACUUUGGGAAAGUGAAAAGCUCCUUAGCCCUGGGGCUUGAGGGGGGAAAGGGGUAGGGUGGGUAAGAGUCCAUGGGGGUGCCCAGUCCCAGGAGAGGGGACAAUGAAGGGACAGGCCUGGAGUUACUAGGACAGGCCUUUGUGCUGAGUAGCAAUGUGUACACCAUUUGGGCUAUCAGAGGUACCCCUGGGCAGGAGCCUCUACAUCCCCUUCCCCUUCCUCUCUCCAUGACUCUUGACAUCCUAGCUUCUUCUAAGGGGGGAGGGAAAGGGGGGAAAUUUUUAUAUAUAUAUAUACAUAUAUAUAUAUCAAGUUUUAAAUUAUUGAUAGUUCAUCUGGAUUACCAAAAUCACUCUGCAGCCCUGCCCGCGGCUAGUAGGCUGCAACCCUGGUCCCCACUCUAGCCUCCUCUUGCUCCCCCUCAAGCCAACUAUGCAGCCCACAAGAAGGCCCUGCGGGCCCCCCAUAGCCCAGCACUGUCCCAUAGAAGGCUCUGGCGGCACCUCUGGGCCCCAGGAGCAUCAGCCCCUUGAUCAUCUGGGGUUUGUCAUCACCAUGUUUUCUCCCUGCUGUCCCCACCCUGCCCUUCUGCCAUCUUCUGGGAGAAGGAAACCAAAGGAUCUAAAACUGGGGUUUGGGGGAAGGUUUUAGCCUCUCCCCACUCCCCUUGCCCCACACCCUUUACUCCCCAGCCCAGAGAGACGCUGCUUUUACCAGGAAAGACUAUUGAAAGAUGAUUUAUUUUAUUUUUCUCUGACCUUUCCAUCCUCGAGAAAAUGGGGAAAAAAAAAAAAAAAGACAAAAUCAACCAUAAAAGACCAAAAAAAAAAAAAAAAAAAUCAGAUAAACCCCCACCUAAUCCACAGAAAGUAAUGUCUUUCCCCUCCCCUUGGAAUUUUUGUUUUGUUUUUGGAAAUAAUAUUUUUUUAAAAGUUGCCUUAUUGUGGAGCGGGAAUCUGAAAUACCCAAAUGCCUGUUUUCCUCGGUGGAGUCAACCCGAAGAGCUCCCACCUUCUCUGGAUGUGCCUGGGCUUGGACUGGCUAGAAUCUUUCUCUGGACUGUUGCAUGUACAGUGCCUCCAUCCUGGAGGCAAGAGAGUUGGGAGUGGCUCGAAUCAGAGCCGUGCCCAAGAUAUCCCUGCUGUUGCAUCGUUUGAAGCUGACGUCCUGUGUCUGUACACUGCUGCCACUGUUGUGUCCUCGCUCUGCUUGCUGUUGCCUCACGCCAGGCCCCGUCCUGCCGUGACACCCUUCAUCCUACCCUUGGAACCCCAAGGCCAAGUUUGCUUCAAACUGUUGGAGAACAGAGUUGGCCUGCAUCUGGAACACACUUGUCCUCAGCUUGACCGUCUCCCCACACCCCAGAGUGGAAAGGUGAACACCUGCAGCUGAGGCUUGGAAACAUUUCUUGUGUUGCCCUGAAGAAUCUCUGAGACCUCAGGGAGGCUCUGUCUCUCUUAAAAGGUGGAGAAAGAUGCCAUUCUCUUCCUAAGGUCUGGUGGAGUCUCCCCAUCUUGCAUACCCUUCUGCAAGCCAUCCAUCUCUGCUCACUCUCCAAUUGACCCGCCUGGGAACAAGGGAUGAGGAGGAGUUGGGGGCUGGGGGGAAUCCUGCCAGUUGGUGAAGCCCUGUGGCAGGAAGGUAUAUGUGGACAUAGAGUAUACCUGAUUCUCUUCUUCAGCCACUUGACUGUUUGGGUUGGGCUGUGAAUGACAGUGGAAUGGCUGGAGUCUGCUGUUGUCAGAAGGCAGGGAGGGUGAUGAAGGACUGACCCACAUGGACUGGGAUGUGUGUCGGUUAUGGGCAUGACUGCACAUUCACUCUCGGUGGGAUCUGGGCAACACGGAGGAGUUUAUGGUCCUGUUGCUUACUUACUGCAAUGUCUUUGGCCCUCCUUUUCAACUGGUUCCUCUGUUGGGCCCAAAGGUGGGGAGUAGGAGACAGUAUCCCAGGUUGACAAGGCCUUGCCCUUUACCUUGGGCACCUUGUUAAUUUUUAGCCUGUGCCCUUCCCCACCUUUGCCCUCCCAGUGGUUGGUGUGUGGGAAGCCCAUCUCAGUUCUGUGACUUUAUGUCUCAAACCAAGGAUGAGCGUCUGGUCUCUACUAUGAUGGUGGUAUCUGAGGCCUUUCCCUGCCCAGUCUGGUGCCUGCCCCACAUUGUACCAGACACUGGAUUCCUGGACCCCCUUCUCCUUUCCUUUCUUUCCUUCAGGUCACGCAGCCCUGUACUGUAUCCAGCAUCACAGAAACCUCAGUGUUUUUCGUCUGCUGGUUUGGGGCACAAGGAAGCCUUAGGGUAUGGGGAAAGGCUGUUAUUACUUAGAGUUUACUCCCAGGCCAGGGGGCUGCCAUCUUUUUCACAGACAUCCCUGAAAGGAAGCCCCUUUGGGGCAGGGAGUCGAGGACUUCAUCUCAACAUAGGCUGGUGGUUGGUAGGGGAGCUUUUUCUUUUUUUUCUUUUCUUUUCUUUUCUUUUUUUUUUUUUUUUUUUGGUAACAUGUUAGGAGUUAAUGUUGCAAAGAGUAGUUUACAUCUUCACUUUCUGAAGACACUUGAAUUUAGGACCGAUGUAUCUGUGACAAGCAUGCCAGAAGUGGCAGGGGCCAUCAGGGCUAACCACUUCACACCCACCAUCCUCCCAUGGGGAUCCAAGACCUGAGAUAAAGCAACAGCCUGCCCAGAUCCCUCUGUUCAUCCUAUCCCUUCCAAGGUUGGUCCAUGCCAACAUAACCUCUGGGCAUCAGACAUUAGCAGUUCUGUGUGCCUCAGCCCUGUUAAGGGGAAGGUUUCUCUUUCGCCCUCUUCCUACACCUGGGAGCAAAGGCACUACCAGUAGAGAAGGGCCAUCCGGCCCUGCCCCAGCCUGGACCCCUGGGGCUCAGAGGUGCUGAGCCCCUAUGUCAAAAGUUGUUAAUUAAAUGUUUUUGUUUUGUUCCAUUGUAGCUCUUUUUUUUCCCCCCCCUUUCCUGGUGAUUGAUUUUACAAAAGAAAGUAAGCUGCUUAGAAGGCCCUGGAAGGGAAGUGAGGAGGAGGGACAAGGAAGAUGACUAGUUACGGAGGGUAGGGUUGUUUUUUGCCAAAAAAGCCUAGGUAGAGUGAUCUGAAUUAUCUGGAACCCUCCUGAAUGGAACCCCAGAGUACCUCCUGUGUGGAAGGGUCCCUGGAUUUUCCCUAACACCCACCCUCUCCCCCUUCAGCCAUGCUGAUGGCAGAGAAGAUAAGAACUUGGAGCCCAUUUCUCACUGGAGAGGAAAACUUGUCAUCUGGCUUUGCGGAGAAAGUUCCACCUUACGCUCGUAGUACAUUAUCUUUACUAUGUGCUAGGAUAUCAUAUUUAAAAGGACAAAAAAAUGUAAAAUACUUGAAUGAGCUUGUAUUAUAACAUUAAUAUUAUUGAGAGUAUCUGCUUUCCAGGCUGAAGUGAUUCAUUCAUUAUUCUAGUCCUGCUUUAGUCCUUUGUAAUUUGUGGUAAUUAUGCUUUUCUUUUUAAUACAAAAAAAUGUAUAAAAAUAAACACUUGAAAAGGCAAAA